UAAUCAUAGCUGUAAUUACUUAAAAACGAGAGACACAACUCACAAGGUUAAGGAUUAUAGUGCUAAACACAGCAAAAAAAAAAAAUAAAAAUGGAUGAGCAAGAAUUCCGACGCCUUCUCGAUCUCUUCCCUGUUGUUCGACCUCGUGACUACCACGCUGAGUUAGAUUCAUCGAGACAAUCAACUUCUUGUUCAGCAUCAAAUAAGGCGCUUGAGGAUUGGCAAGAUGCAUGGAAUGAUGGUGAAAGAAAGGAAAUGGAGAAUCAAGAAAUUGAUCUUCAUGAUAAAUUCUGGCAGAAGCUAAAGCUGGCAGCUGAGAGGAAGGUGGGUGCCGCAGAGGCAGACAAAUUUUGCAAAGCUUUCCAACACGUUCACAAUAAACUUGUGUUGGAGGGGUUGAGUUUUGAUGCUGCACAGAAGUUCCUAAACUCACGAAACUGCUGAGGAAGAGUCCAUGUGUGGCUACUACCUGUUGUAUACUUUAUUUUUAGGUUUUUCAUUUUUUAUUUUUAUCUUGUUCAUGGAGUCGUUGAAGAAUCUAUUUUGGGAGAAGCUUAUGAUCAAAAUCAUUAUUGUUGUCCUGUUAAAUGUGUUGAUAAAAUUUGACUCAUUCCCAA